AUGCCCGACCCUGGCCAUCACCGGCCCGGUCAUUCGGAGCACGGUCGGUAUGCGGCUGUCAAAGCCGAAGGGGAAGGCAGGCGCAAAACGAUCUUGCGAGUGGCACAGGAGUUUUGGGGUUUGCCCCCGGAGGCGAAAGCCGAGCUGCUGCAUAGAAGUAAUACAUCGACGUUCCCAAGUACUGCUGGAUCUCCCGUCGCGCAGCAGAUAAAGACUCUGCCUGCAUGGCAAACGGAUGAGGAUCCGUUUGACGAGAUCGCGAUCCAUACCGCCGGGCUGGGAAUCCUAGUGCGAACGGAUUUCACGGACGACGACGCUUGGCAAUCGUUCUUGGCGAAGCUCAGGGAAGGCGAGCAAGAGUUUGCUGGCGCUACUAAUAGAGAGGAUGCGCAAGACGCUCAGGAAGACGUCCAGAUGGUCGUCGAGAACCCUAUUGACAAUGCGAGUGGGUCAACGCAAGAAGAAGUCGUGAUGGAGGAGGGAGAAGACGGCAGCGACGAUGAAGAAUCCGAGGAUUCUCCAGCCCCCAUCUUCGCCGUCCUGGACUCGCCCCGGGACGCGCUGGAAAAUAUGUCCAAUCUCGCCGCGCUUCGCCUCGUGAACGAGGUGGGCGUGCGGCCCGCGCCACCCCUGCCCGCAGGCACGUCUCGUGCCAAGCCUUCUCACCGGCUGAUCGACCACGACGGAUGGCAGGAGAUUUACACUGGCAAGCCGGUCUGGAUCUACGACGCAAGAUCUAAUGCGGAUCAAACGGCACGGGUGGUUAGCCAGACAAGCACCGAUUCCACAUAUGGCACAGCGACCGGAGACAGCUGGAGAGCCAGAGUCUCUCAUAUCUGCGAGCUUCAGGUGAACAUGGCGGUGAUGGGGAUGAAGGUGGAUUUUGGCGGUUUAGAUCGCUGGGAUUACCACGAACGAAAGCGGAAUCUGGAGGAAGCUGUCGUGCCGCUCUGA